AUGCUUCUGGGAGCGAGCCUGGACAGCAAAUACGGCACAGCAACUCGAUUUGGGGCUUUUCGGUGUCAGAUAUUACAGGGUCUUUUGGGGGAGGCUAUCACGGUUAACUGUGCUUGGCUUGGUCAACGCAUUGGCCCUUGUCAACUAAGCUCAUCGUUGUGUUACGAACAUGUCCAUCUAGAACUUCAAAUCUUACUUCUUACGCUCCGCGCAACCGCCUUUUGCGACGGCAUUCAACGCUUCAACAUUUACAGGGCAAGGCAGUACAGUAUAGUACCGUACAAGUACGAUCCCUCGGCCGAUGGCUGGACUGAACUGGACUGCGGGCUGAAAUUGAACUGGCCGAGUAGUACGCACACACUGUGCAAGCUCCCGGCUCUACUGGGUGGGAUGAAUGACGAUGUAUUUGCGGCGUCCCGAGAUGCAGAAAAAAGCCUGCAUGUAACCUUUGAAGACGAUUCAUUCAUGGAAUACGCAGAGCAGAGCAGUGCGGUAGAGCAGAAUAUAGGCGGAAACCCAAGGGAGAAAAGACCCUUGAACGGUCUCUCGGGCUGUUUCUGA